UGAGUGGGUCCAUUGGUCUUACAAACUGUGUGGGUCUAGUCCCACCUACAUUUAAUGGUUUCGAUGCCUGUGGUUUUUAUACUUGCUUAAAUCGUCAGAGUACUUUUACCGCUGUGAGUGUGUGAAUAAAGGUAAAGUUCCGCGUGUCAUUUCCUCUUUUCUUACGUCAUCACGAAAUUCCGUACAUGCUGCGCAUCACAUUUCUCUCUUCAGUCAGAACAAGAACAGCGCUGUAAAGUCAAGAUGUCCGGUCAGCUCUGUCACAACAUCCGUCUGAUCACAGAUGAACUCACUACAGAUGAAUGUAAGCGAUUGUUUUAUCUGUGUGGAGCUCUGGAUACAGAAACAUUCUCUGCUGAUCCCAGAGCAGUACAGUCUGUGUUGUGUCAAAUGACAAACCAGAUUCUCACUGAGCUCAUACUGAGAAUUAAACGCUAUGAUCUGCUACGAAAUGUGCUGAGCACUAACAAGGGCACUGUUGAGGGAAUGUUAUUGAACGGCCGGUCUGUAUCAGACUACAGAGUUCUGAUGGCUGAUGUUAGUGAAGAUAUGGACACAAAUGACCUGAAAUCAUUGACAUUUUUACUGAGAGAUAUUUUACCCAAACAUAAACUGGAAAACGUCCAGAGUUUUUUAGACAUUGUAGUAGAGUUGGAGAAGGUUGAGCAGCUCUCCAGUGAGAAGACAGAUAUGAUUGAACACUGCUUGACAUCCAUCCACAGAGCUGAUCUGGCCAAAAAGAUCAGACGCUACCAACAGAAAGAACCAAUCACAAAACAAGGAACUUUCCCAGCAGCCAGACUGCAACUUUGCAAAACAGCAUCGCCAAACCUGAGUUCUAUCUCACCUGCUACACACAACGUUAGGCAACUUCCCAAACUCUGUGAUAAGAGGACACCUCGUGCCUAUAAUCAGAUUGAAGUCUACAAUAUGCAGAGUGAUCCUCGAGGAUUGUGUUUCAUUAUAGACUGUGUUGGCACAGAAGGAGACCAGCUGGAGAAAACCUUUAGGAACUUACAUUUCCAUGUGAUCAAACACAAGCUGCUGAGCGUGAGAGAUCUGUUAACCACUCUCAUGGACGCCGCCCAUAGGCGAGAUCACUACAGAUCAUGUGCUUUCAUCUGCUGUAUCAUCAGCCGAAGUCGCUCUUCGGAUCUGCUGGCCACUGACUCCCACGGUGUCGGGCUGAGCCUGGAGACGGUCAGGCAUCUGUUCACCGCAGACUCCUGUCCCGGCCUGGUGGGCAAGCCUAAACUCUUCUUUAUCCAGAGCUAUGAUGUCUCUGAGCCUCAGAGGUGUGUGGGAUAUAUGGGGUGUGGAGAUCAGGAGGUUGGAGAGCUGGAAACGGACGCUCCUGUGGUCUGCUGUAGAGAAAAAAGUGUACCGGCGGAUGCAGACAUCUUCUGGAGUCACUGCUGGACUCAAGGACAGCAGCUGGAGAAGCCGAAUCAUCGCUCGGUGUACCUGCAGGCUCUGAGAUCGGCUUUAGAUGAGGGCCAGAAAAGGGGGACUCAUCUGGUAGAUGUACACACAACAGUAAAUCGUGAAGUAUAUGAACACAACAGCAAAUAUCCAGGAUCAUACUUUUUAAAUCUAAGACACACACUAAGGAAGAAUGUUUAUUUGACAUGAUCCUAAACACACUUAUUACAUCUGAACUUAUUUUUAACAUUUAAAAUAAUUCAUUACUAUGAUAAUGAUGUUUGUAUUGAUUGUAUCAAUUAUUGCAUUUUACAUCAUUUUGCAAUAAAUGUUUUUUUUA